ACUAUUCUGGUAAAGGGGAAAUUAAUUGAUUUCUUACUUUCAAACGAAGAAAAGGAAGAAACCAAACGCGGCCUUGAAGUUGCGAGUUGCGAGUUGCAGAGAGAGCAAUGAGUCAGGAAUCGUUUAUAUAUGGCUUCGUGGCUCGGGGGACGAUGGUGUUAGCCGAGUACACCGAGUUCACUGGUAAUUUCCCUGCAAUUGCAGCUCAGUGUCUUGAGAAACUUCCCUCUUCCAAUAACAAGUUCACCUACAAUUGCGACCACCACACCUUCAAUUUUCUCGUCGAAGAUGGUUACGCUUACUGUGUUGUUGCCAAGGAAUCUGUUAGCAAACAAAUCUCUAUUGCUUUCCUCGAACGUGUCAAAGCGGACUUUAAGAAAAGAUAUGGUGGUGGAAAGGCAGACACAGCUGUUGCCAAAAGUCUCAACAAGGAGUUCGGACCAGUUAUGAAAGAGCACAUGAAGUAUAUCAUAGACCAUGCUGAAGAGAUUGAAAAGCUAAUAAAAGUGAAGGCUCAAGUUUCAGAAGUUAAAAGUAUUAUGUUAGAGAACAUUGAUAAGGCCAUUGAUAGAGGAGAAAAUCUAACUAUUCUUGCAGACAAGACAGAGACCUUGCACUCGCAAGCCCAGGAAUUCAAAAAGCAAGGAACUCAUGUCCGUCGGAAGAUGUGGUAUCAGAACAUGAAAAUUAAAUUGGUUGUUCUUGGAAUUUUGUUGCUUUUGGUCCUGGUUAUCUGGCUUUCUGUUUGCCAUGGAUUCAACUGCGCAAACUAGCAACAAAUGAAAGGUAAGUUUAUGGAUAGGUAUUUAAAUGAUAUAUGAUAUAUAAAGAGCAAUUUCUUAAAAGUUUUAGCAAGAAUCUGCUUAGAAGGGGGAGUUUGGCAACAGGAGAAAAAGUUUCCUACCUUCUUUGUUGGUUGAUAAUGAUAUACGAUAUUCUUGGAAAUUCUUAGAGAGAGGAGAUCGGGUGUAUCUGUAAUGUGUAUCAUAUGCUGGACUGUUUGGUCUUGUCAAACAAUACAGUUGCAAUUUGCUCCUCUUUUCUUCCUUAAUUUAAAUAUAGAAAAAUGUUAUUAACUUGGCCUCUCGUUUAAACAAUUGACUUGAUCCCCCCAAGGUGGAUUUUUUUC